UUCUAUAACCGAGGUACAUGUACAUGUUAAUGAUUGCGGCCUUCAUACAGAUACCGCGUGUACAUUACAGCAUGGAAUCUUAUAUAUAAAACCUACUGUACGGUGGAUGGACACCGCGCUGUAGAUCAACUAUCAGUUAAAACCAUGAAGUCCUUCCUGACCUUGACCUUGGCUGCCGUCCUUUUGGCCAGCUGUUCCGCCCAGUGGCGCAGGGGACCAUUUAUCGUCGGCUUUGGCGGGGAUGAUGGACUCUUUGAUGAUGGAUUCUUCGAUGAUGACUUUUACGAUGAUGACUUCUACGACGAUGAUUUCUUCGAUGACGACUCCUUUGGUUUCUUCCUUGGCGGGCCAAGGAGGGGAGGAUUCGGAAUGGAAGGCGUUUCUCCAUUCGUCGGAGGAAUGAGCGCUGGUGUUGGUGGAUUUAUGGGCGCUAGUGGAUUUGGAGGAAUGGGCGGUAUGAUUGGGGGACGCAUGGGAGGAUCCGGAUAUGGAAAGAAACACUACGGCGGAUACGGAAAGAAGAUGAGCGGAUAUGGUAAAAAGAUGACCGGAUACGGAAAAUCUUCCGCAAUGAGUGUACCAAUGAUUUCAGGAUACCAGACAGCAGGCUAUCCGUCAGGAGGAUAUGCUGGAGCCUCCUCCUAUUCCCAGGCAGGAUAUACCGGAUCAUAUCCCCAAGCAGGAUACAGCGGAGCAUCUGCCUAUUCCCAGGGAGGAUAUGCCGGAUCAUACUCCUAUCCCCAAGGUGGAUACAGCGGAGCAUCUGCCUAUUCCCAGGGAGGAUAUGCCGGAUCAUACUCCUAUCCCCAGGGUGGAUACAGCGGAGCAUCUGCCUAUUCCCAGGGAGGAUAUGCCGGAGCUACCCCUUACUUUUCUUCUUCACUUGGGGGUCAAUACUAACUAUUUAGGUUAAGCGGUGAAUUGUAUUAAAAAUUCAUGUAUUUACGAAUAUAUAAUUAGGCAGAGCACUUUCUGUAGAUUAUUGCAUCAAAAUGAUAUAAUAUAAGCUCAUUUUGUAUGUUUUUGUCAUAUAUAAUAUAUUUCAUUAAUUUUCAGUAUUUUUUUUAAAGUAUCGCAAAAGCAAUAAGCUUGUGCGUAGAAUCUCUGUCCCGAGUAC